AACUGUAUUACCGACAACUUUAAUUUACAUUACUAUGUAUAGUUUGAGUCAUGACUCUAAAGGAGUUGCAGAAGAAAUUUGAGAUUAAGGAGAAAAUAUAAAAUAUGUUUCCAAACUUGAAAUCUCUUAAAUAAAAAGUUACACUAAUUACAGAAUUAAGAUUAGAAGGCCUCACUGACGAUCAGCAUCUAAAUCUAAACUCCUAAAUUUCAGUUUCAAAUGUACCGGACACUUGAUGCAUUCAGCAAAGAUUAUCAAAAGAAUUCAGAUAAACACCUAAUUAUAUUAAAAUUCAAAAUGGGAAUAGAUUAUUCUAUGGGUAUAAACAUAAGAAAAGAAAUGCAAAAGUGGUUAACUAUUUCUAAUUUUUUCUUUCUUAGAUUUCUCUUACAGUUAAUAACGUUACCGAUGUAUAUCAUCAACCUAUUGGAAUUAGAACAGUAAAAGUAACGAAUACUUCAUUUUUAAUUAAUAAUAAACCAUUUAGAUUUAUGGGUUUUGGAAAGCAUGAAGAUGCAAAUAUUCGCGGAAAAGGUCUCGAUUUUCCUCUUAUCAUCAAGGAUUUUAAUUUAAUUAAAUGGAUAGGUGCUAAUGCAUUUAGAACAUCCCAUUAUCCGUAUUCAGAAGAAAUGAUGGAUCAAGCGGAUGCUCAAGGAAUAGUAGUUAUCGACGAGUGUCCAGCAGUUGGUUUAGAUCGCUUCAACUCUGAGUUAUUAAAACUUCAUUUGGCUGAAAUAACAGAAUUAAUUCAGAGAGACAAGAAUCGUCCUUCGGUUGUCAUGUGGUCUGUUGCUAAUGAACCUCAUUCGACAGAAGCAUCUUCUGAAGAUUAUUUUAGGAAAGUGGUGCAGCAUACUAAGAAAUUGGAUUCUAUCAGACCUGUUACAGUAGCAUUGAGUGCAGAUUUUAAUUCAGAUAAAAUUGGUCAGUUUCUGGAUGUAAUUAUGAUAAACAGAUAUUAUGGAUGGUAUAGUGAUAUUGGUCAUACCGAAGUUAUUGUCAAACAGUUACUGUAUGACGUGACAAGUUUUCAUAAGAAAUAUUUAAAACCAGUUAUGAUAAGUGAAUAUGGAGCUGAUACUAUUGCUGGACUCCACAUUGACCCAUCAUAUGUUUUCACUGAAGAUUAUCAAGUAGAAUUUAUAAUUCAGUAUCACAAAGGAUUUGAUUUAUUAUAUCAGAAAGGAUUUUUUGUUGGUGAAUUAAUAUGGAAUUUUGCUGAUUUCCUCACUAGUCAAAGUAAGAGUUUAAAUAGUAUAAAUUUAUAGUAGGAACUAAGUGUU